AUGCCUGCCAGCAACUCCUAUGAGCAUCUCUUACCUCCCAGUUGGAAGAAGCAGAUAACCGAAUGGCUAGCUGAAGACACUCCUUCCUUCGACUAUGGCGGCUACGUUGUUGGAGAGGUCGAACGAGAGGCUUUCCUCCUCGGAAAGGGCACACAGACAGCGGUGCUAGCUGGAUCACCCUUUGUCACCGAAAUCUUCUCUCAACUAGGUUGCGAAGUGGAAUGGCACGUCAAGGAGGGUGAUACUUUCGAACCGGUGAAGCAUGUAGCUACUGUAAGAGGAAAGGCUCGUUUCCUGCUCCUCGGAGAGCGAAUAGCUCUUAAUCUCCUCGCUCGGUGUAGCGGUAUCGCCACCAAGUCGAAAAGGGUGAAGGAUCUUGCUAGAGGCUAUGGAUUCACUGGAACUAUUGCCGGGACACGGAAAACCACCCCUGGUUUCAGACUCGUAGAGAAAUAUGGAAUGGUCGUAGGAGGCAUCGACCCUCAUCGGCACGAUCUUUCCAGCAUGAUAAUGCUCAAAGACAAUCACAUCUGGUCCUCCGGUUCAAUUAGCGCUGCAAUCCAGCAAGCUCGAGAAGUGGGGGGCUUCAGUCUCCUGCUUGACGUAGAAGUCCGUUCUGAGGCGGAGGCUGACGAAGCCAUCGACGCUGGUGCAGAUAUCAUCAUGUUGGACAACAUCGAGGGUGACGAGCUGGUCAGAGUGGCGAGGACUCUGAAGGAAAAGUGGAAGGGUCAGAGGAAGUUCCUGUUUGAAACGAGUGGGAAUAUAACAGAGGCGAAUUUGCAGGAAAGAGCGAUCAAUGAAAUCGACAUCUUGAGCACAAGCGUCGUUCAUCAAUCCGUGCAGCACAUCGACUUCAGCCUCAAGAUCCAGAAGCUGCAAGCUUGA